AUGGAGCGUUCAGAACUCACUUCACGGGUCAUUCCCCUGAUGAGCCUGAGCACGGGAACUUCGCCACUGACGGCGCCCUUUCAGCAGAGCGCAGGCCUCUCUGCCGCCGAGCGAGCAAUGAACCGCUUCCGGGUCCACGGCAACGCCAUCGUGACGGGCGGCGGCGGCGACCUGGGCUUCACGGCCUGCCGCGCCCUGCUCGAGCACGGCCUCGGGGGGCUCGUCAUUUUCGAUCUGGACCCGACGUCGACGGCCGACCGGGUCGCGGCUCUGCAGGCCGAGUUCCCCGAGGCCAGCGUCUCGUUCCAGCGGGUCAACGUGACGGACGCCGACGACGUGGCCCGCGGCGUCGCGGCCGUGGUGCGGGCGCUGGGCAGCGUCGACGUCCUGCUCGCGUUUGCCGGCGUGGCCUCGUGCGCCCACGCCACCGACGUCUCUGCGCACGAGUGGCGGCGCGUGUUUGACAUUAACACGACGGGCUCUUUCCUCUGCGCCCAGGCCGUCGCCAAGGCGCAGGCCCAGCUCGGCAAGCCCGGGAGCAUUGUCUUUGUGGCUUCCAUCUCGGCGCACCGGGUCAACUUUCCUCAGCCCCAGGCCGCCUACAAUGCUUCCAAGGCGGCGGUGCUCGCCACGGCCAAGUCGCUGGCUGCCGAGUGGUCUCGGUACGGCAUCCGGGUGAACAGCAUCAGUCCUGGGUACAUGGACACCAUACUUAAUGAGGGAGAUGGACUCAAGGUGGCGCGAGAUACUUGGAACGAACGAAACCCGAUGGGUCGGAUGGGCGUUCCAGAAGAAUUAUGCGGUGCGGUUGUCUUGCUUGCGAGUCGAGCAGCGAGCUAUAUCACGGGUGCAGAUUUGCUGAUAGAUGGAGGGCAAACUUUGUUCUGA